AUGGAUCGAUUGAAGAGCCAUCUGCCUGUGUGCUUUCUACCUUCUGUGCCCUUUUUAAUCCUAGUAUCCACUUUAGCGACUGCAAAGAGUAUGACUAACAGCACUUUAAAUGGCACUGACAUGGUCUUGGGCUUUAUGCCCGUAAUCAUUGCCAGAACUGACCAUAUCAUAGUCAAGGAAGGGAAUAGUGCCUUGAUUAAUUGUAGUGUUAAUGGCAUCCCUGAUCCACAAUUCAAGUGGUAUAAUUCCGUUGGCAAGCUGCUGAAAGAAGAAGAGGAUGAGCAGGAGAGAGAAGGAGGAAAAUGGCAGAUGCACGAGGGCGGCCUCCUGAACAUCACCAAGGUGUCUUUUUCAGACCGAGGGAAAUACACAUGCGUUGCCUCCAACGCCUAUGGCAUUGUGAACAACACGGUGACCCUGCGCGUCAUCUUCACCUCGGGAGACAUGGGUGUCUACUACAUGGUGGUCUGCCUCGUGGCCUUCACCAUCGUCAUGGUCCUCAACAUCACCCGCCUGUGUAUGAUGAGCAGCCACCUGAAGAAGACGGAGAAGGCCAUCAACGAGUUCUUUAGGACAGAAGGCGCAGAGAAGCUGCAGAAGGCAUUCGAGAUCGCCAAGCGGAUCCCCAUCAUCACCUCAGCCAAAACUCUAGAGCUUGCCAAAGUCACCCAGUUCAAAACCAUGGAGUUUGCCCGCUACAUUGAAGAGCUGGCCAGGAGCGUGCCGCUGCCUCCUCUCAUUAUGAACUGCAGAACCAUCAUGGAGGAAAUCAUGGAGGUGGUCAGGCUGGAGGAGCAGGGGCAGAAUUUUGUGCAGCACACGCCAGAAGGCCAGGAGGCCAUGGACAGGGAUGAGGUGUACAUGAUCCGAAACUCUCUGAAGCGAAGUGACUCCCCCACCGCUGACUCAGACGCCUCAUCGCUGCAUGAACAGCCACAGCAGAUUGCCAUCAAGGUGUCCGUGCAUCCACAGUCCAAAAAAGAUCACGUGGAUGACCAAGAGGGUGUACAGUUUGAAGAUAUCAAAGAUGAAGAGGACACAGAACUGUCACCUGAACAAUCCCCAGAAACUGUAGAGCCUUCUACAGAUGUAACAUCCACAGAGCUAACACCUGAAGAGCCCACACCUGUUGAGCCCAUGGCUGUUGAGGUAUCAGAUAAAGCCCCGCCACCAGCCCACCUGGAAACUACAGAGCUGGCAGUGGCACAUGAAAGAAACACCUGCAUUAUUUAUGAAAGCCAUGUCUAA